AUGAAUCCCCUUCGCUACCUGGCACCCCCGCGCCCAUUCGUGGAGAUCUCCAAAGCCACGAAUAAAGAGAUCAAGGAGCGAAUAUGCUACGUGGACUCCAUGACUACACUCUCUCACUUCAAAGUAUCAGAGGCGGAACACGACAGACUUCUCUCCUAUAGAGAUGCAUGCAACACCCUCGCUGAAAGUAGCGAUAAAGAAGACCGCGAAUGCGCCAAAUUAAGCAUCACCGACUAUGAAAACAGCCUUAGAGAGAACAGCGACCCACCGAGGCUGUCCUUCGACCUGGCGACCAAGACCAAACUGGGCGAAGAACUCGACAAUCUCUGGAACAUGUGGACCUUCACCCGGUAUGAAAAAUACCUGCCCGAUCAAGUAAUGCAAGAGGCCAAACGACACUCUUCUUCUAAGGUCUCCGAUCCCUGGCACAGGGAGUUCUGGAAACCAUUCAACGGACGACUGGAAGCGGAGGCUGAUGCUUUCUCUAUGGUUCUUUUGGGAAAGAAUGCUCAUAAUAAAUGUCCUACUUUCCUGUUACUUGCGCUCCUGUGUGAGCGCCAUACCCUUGACUGGGACGACACAAUCGAAUUGAUCAAGGCUUGUGCUUGUGACGGGGACGUCAUCAUUCCGAAGACAGAUUUGGUCGAGCUGAUCCAGACGCGUGAUGCCGCUCUUCUUGCAAAGAGGCUGGAUCAUGAUGAGGCCAGUAUCUCACUUUCUGUGGAGCACGUUAUGGGUGUGGCGACUAUGGUGUUGGCUUUCUUUGCUACGCAUCUUCCCGAAGCUUUGUAUGAGAUGGAGGAGUUUGAUGCAACGAAGUGGGAGCCUAAGAAGCUCUUGUUGGAUCUGUUCCAGCUGAAGGAGGGGCAUGAACAGGCGAUAAAAGAAUUGAUGCAGGAGAUGUACGAUAAGAUGUUAAAUGCUGAGUCUGAUGAUGAUUUUGAUGAUGAGGAGUGGGAGGAGGAAGAAGAAGAAGAUGAUGAUGAUGAUGAAGCUGCAUUCAGCGAUGAAUCAGAGGAUUAUUGA